GAGAGAGAGAGAGAGAGAGAGUAGAGAGAACAGCAAUGGAAGAGGUGGUUGAAGUAUUUGCAGAGCCACCAACAUCAACAGCAAUAGGACGAAUUAACCACCACCACCCCCACCAAACCUCUGCUAUUGCCAAAAUCCAAAAACAGUACCUGCAAACGAUCACAGUAGUCCCAGAGAGGCCAAUGAACGGACACGAUAACAACUCUACAAUCGUACAUGGGCAGAGGCAGAGCUACUCAGAAGGUGGUUCAGAACAUGACAGUGAGGGAGAGGGAGAGCUUAACCCACAAGAUGCUUGGCUUCCUAUCACCGAGUCCAGAAAAGGCAAUGCCUAUACCUCAGCAUUGCAUCUACUUUGUUCUGGAAUCGGAAUUCAAGCCCUUUUACUUCCUGUUGCAUUCGCCGCCCUCGGAUGGUUUUGGGGUAUCCUAUGCUUGUUCAUGGCAUUUCUAUGGCAGCUCUACACCAUAUGGCUUCUCAUCCAUCUUCACGAAUCAGUCCCUGGAACGCGCCUCAGCAGAUACCUCCACCUAUCCAUAGCAGCCUUUGGUCAAAAAUUGGGGAAAUUGCUUGGCAUAUUCCCGGUUAUGUAUUUAUCAGGGGCCACAUGUGUGAUGCUGAUAAUCACCGGAGGAGGGACCAUGGAACAAUUCUAUAAAAUCAUGUGUGGGAAUGAGGCCACUUGCAGUGCCAAGGCAUUAAGUGGUGCAGAGUGGUAUUUGGUUUUCAUAUUUUUGGCCAUAUUUGUGGCUCUUUUCUGUCCAAACUUGAAUUCUUUGGCUGGUAUCUCACUCAUCGGCGCAAUCACUGCUGUUAGCUACUGCACAAUAAUAUGGGUUCUCUCUAUCUCCAAGAAUAAACCUGACGGUGUAUCUUAUGAGCCUUCUAAGGUGGCAGUAUCUGAAAUGGAUAGAAUUCGGAGCAUAUUGAAUGCGAUUGGAAUCAUUGCUCUUGCUUUCAGAGGUCACAACGUUGUCCUUGAGAUUCAGGGGACUAUGCCUUCAAGUGCAAAACACCCAUGCCAUGAGCCAAUGUGGAGAGCAGUGACAAUCUCAUAUCUACUCAUCCCACUGUUUUUAUUUCCCCUUGCAAUAGGUGGAUAUUGGGCUUAUGGCAACACGGUACUCAAUUUUAUUAUCUCCCAAGAUUAGUAUUAUAGUAAGUGGCCAUUUGCAAAAGCUAACAUGAAUUGCCUUGGAUGUCGAUGUUGUGGCUUGACCCGUAUCAGAUAGCUGAUGGAGGAAUCUUGAGAGCAUUUUCAAAGUUUCAUGGACACAACACCCCGAGAUUUGUGAUAGGCAUGAUCUACCUAAUAAUACUGAUCAACUGCUUAUGCACUUUCCAAAUUUUCGCCAUGCCAGUCUUCGACAACUUGGAAUUCAGGUACACCAGUAAGAAAAAGAAGAGGUGUCCGAGAUGGUUACGCUCAGGUUUUCGAGUCUUCUUUGGAGGAUUGACUUUCUUUAUAUCAGUGGCUCUGCCUUUCUUGGGAAGCCUGGCAGCUCUCCUUGGAGGGAUCACACUACCUCUGACUUUUGCUUAUCCAUGUUUCAUGUGGAUCGCGAUCAAGAAACCCCGCACAAAUGGUACGAUGUGGUGGCUUAACUUGGUGCUCGGUUGUUUAGGCAUAGUGUUGAGUAUUUUGUUAGUUGUUGCAGCAGUGUGGAGUUUAGUUAACAAAGGCUUAGAUGCCAACUUCUUCAAGCCAUAAAACUUGAAGUUAACGAUCAUGUAAGUUAUUAUCUUCUCCAUCAAAAAUUCACAAAGAAAUUAAAGUCCUACAAUUGAAAAGGAGAAGG